AUGUCGCCACCUCGUUUCCUCGUCAUUGGUGCCGGUUCUCGUGGCUAUGCCUACGCCGGCGCUAUCACGGACGAGACCGAAGCAUCAUUGCAGCUGUUGCUGAGCCCCUACCCUACAAGCGGACCGAAUUUGGGCGCGACUUCAUCUGGGGUGCAGAUGGCUCCCCUCAAGAAGGCCAAUGAGAUGCACCGCGAAGUCAUCAUGGCACUGGCCCCCCUUGGCCUUCACACUCUUUGCGAGAAGCCACUUGUGACAACUCUCAAAGAUUGUCUAGAUAUCCAUCGCGCCCUGAAGCCCUCCGCCCUCUUUUCUGUCGGCCAUGUCCUCCGCUACAGCCCCCACAACAUGCUUCUACGCCGGCUGCUUCUCUCAGACCGUGCUAUCGGCGAUAUCGUCAGUAUUGAGCACACGGAGCCAGCUCGCAAGCCCAUAGCCGCUGGGAAUGCCACAAAUUGCAUGACCUGUCCACUCGGCGACGAUGGCUGCAAGUUCUCCGCCAAGAAGAUCUAUCUUGGACCCGAGCUGGCUAGCCUAGAAACAGGAAACCGCAGCUGGCCUGUCAAGAUCGUUCUACCUGAGAUUGAAGACAUGCCCAAUCUGGCGCAGGCGAAGCAGGCCCUUGCUAUGAAACUUGGCGAGGACUACAGCGCGGCCACACCAGAUCGUGAGGUCGCGGCUCGUCCCUGGUUUGGCCGAUGCGUCUACGAGUCAGACAACGACGUCUGCGAUGACCAAUUCGUCACGCUCGCAUGGGACGACGAGCCUUUUAUCGAAGGAGCGCCGCCGCGGUUUGCCAAGCAGGCAACGCUGCACAUGGUCGCCACGACGAAGAAGAUUUGUGAGCGCUACUCGCACAUCUAUGGCACCAACGGAGAGAUCUUUGCCGACUCGAGGACCAUCACAGUCGAAGACUUCAGUACGGGGCAGAGGACUGUCUAUAACCCCAAGGUGGAGUUGAGUGGCCAUGGUGGUGGCGAUAUGGGUCUGGCACGUCAGUUUGUGCUAGCUGUGCAAGGAGUCAAGAAUGAGGGCAUGGAGGUGCGGACGGCUCAAGAUGAGUUCAUCGGGUGCUCGCUGGGUGAGGCGAUCAUGAGCCAUCUCGUAGUGUUUGCUGCGGAGGAGGCACGACGUGAGGGCAAGGUGGUGAAACUGGGGGAGUGGUGGGAUAGGGUAUCCAAGGGUGAGCUGCAGUCUGAGGGGCAUGAGGGCAUCAGGUGGGAGACCGUGACAGAAAGACGCUCUUAA